AUGGGUUUGGUAAAAGUGGCGCUGACGUUCGACGCGAUAUUUGCAGCGGUAUCUGGACUUGCCCUUUAUCUGUUCCCAGCUCAGUUUGGAAACUUUUGCUUUCAAAAAGAAACCGAUGGAGUCCACUGGCAUCUUAUCCGUUGCAUCGGAGGUCAAAUCUUCGCUUCGUGUCUUGUGUCUUUCAAAUUCAGAGGAUCAAGUCAAACAAGUCAAUCUGUCUGUCACUUCAUCAGGCUUAUUCCAUCCAUCUUGAUUCUCAUGCUGGUGUUCCAAAUCCAAUCAGUCACCCCAUCACUAAUUGAACCAGCGACUCUGAAAUUCUUCAAAUAUCUUAUGAUCUCCACUAUCGCUCUGCACGUCACAUUAUUGUCAAUUGCUGGAUGGAAAACAGGUACCAAGUUGAUUGCUGGAAAUAAAUUCGGAAACUUCUUGUACCAACUCGAUGCUCUUGCUUCCAUUUGUAUUGGAAGUUGUUGGAUGACAUUCCCACAAUGGCUGCUUCAUCGACAGGUACUUGUCGAGCUUGACGAAUCCCAUGAGUUCCUUGGGAGAGUGAUGGGUGCCAACUUCAUUGCUUCCUAUAUUGUUUCCACACAUGCUCUUCACUGGGAAACCAAUGAGGACAGAUACGCGGCGGUUGAUGGACGUGUCAUCUGCUGCAUUUCCAUUCUCGGAGCACAAAUCUGGUCUCAAACCUACGAACAUUGGUCUGGAAACCAUUGGGUUGGAAUCAGCUUGUUCUCAACCUGGACUGUUAUCUCUUUGAUCUACCGUUCGUGUUUGACGUUUUCGAGAAGACAGAAAAAAGAUUAG